UCCCGCAGUCAGCUGGGGUAUAGCAACCAUAUUGACGUACUUGAAGAUCAGCUUGUAAUGUACCGUUGGGAUGAGGUAGCCUUAUCGAAAUGACAGUUGCUGAAUUUCCUAUUUAUACUCUCUUCCUACGUUGACUGGGUUAUUUCGCAUUAUUUACCUUUAAUUUCAUAUUUGAAACUACAGUGUAAGUUUUGACACUAGUCGGACCCAACUUGUCUUCGGAUAAAACUAGGUCAACCUAGAAAUGUAGCUGAAACUUUUAUACUUGUACUAAUGAAAACUCCAACUGGUUCAUGCACCAUGGCGGGUUCAACAAAGGUUAACAGUCCUGACCAGCCAGAAAACAUGGGCGAUACACAGUUUUCUUUAGAAGCAGUACCUGUUAUGUUGAACAGUACUGAUAAAGAAGAUUUUGGAACAAGCACUGACAAAGAAGACUGCUUUGAUAAAGGAAUGUUAUGCAUUGAAGAGGAACUCAACCAGUUAGGUGUGGAGCUACAAAUUCCUAAGUCUCCCACAAUUUCAUUACCAAAAACAGAACUGAUCCCCACUCAAGUGGCAAAAUCUACAAAUGAAAACAUUGUACAAAACUGUGUUCCAGAAGUGAAAGAAAUGGAAGUUGAUUACCAUAAUGAGGGACCUCGAUUAGCAAGCUGGCUGCAGGGGCUAUUGACAUGUCUUAGGCCUAUGUGGAAUAUCAUAGGCAAGUCUGUUAACAAUGAAAACAAAGAUGACUGGGAAAUUCCAUUUGAAAAUAUCAGAGAUCUCCAGUGGCUAGGAAGUGGAGCGCAGGGGGCUGUGUUUUUAGGGCGUUUAGAUAAUGAAUUAGUAGCAGUGAAAAAAGUGCGGGAAAAGUCUGAAACAGACAUUAAACACCUGAGAAGGCUGAACCAUCCAAAUAUAGUUGCUUUCAAGGGUGUAUGUACACAGGCUCCAUGCUACUGCAUUAUAAUGGAAUUCUGCUCUUAUGGCCAACUCUAUGAUGUUCUUCAGGCAGGACAUGAUAUUCCACCAACAAAAGUUGUGGAUUGGACAAAACAAAUUGCUGCGGGAAUGAACUAUCUACAUUCUCACAAGAUUAUCCACAGAGAUCUCAAAUCUCCUAAUGUUCUGAUUGCAAGCAAUGAAAUUCUGAAAAUUUCUGAUUUUGGAACUUCUCGUCAGUGGAAUGAUAUUAGUGCUAGAAUGUCAUUUGCUGGGACAGUGGCCUGGAUGGCUCCUGAAGUGAUCCGUAAUGAACCUUGUUCUGAAAAAGUUGACAUAUGGUCCUUUGGAGUUGUCAUGUGGGAACUUUUGACGUGUGAGACACCAUAUAAAGAAGUAGAUUCUUCAGCAGUUAUCUGGGGUGUUGGAAACAAUAGCCUUCAUUUGCCUCUUCCAUCUACAUGUCCUAAUGGGUUUAAACUUCUUAUGAAACAGUGUUGGAAUGCUAAACCCAGAAAUCGACCAUCAUUUCGUAAUAUUCUGAUGCACUUAGAUAUAGCUGCAGUAGAAAUUCUUAGUACACCUACAGAAAAGUACUUCAAAACUCAAGCAACUUGGAAAGAGGAAAUCCACAACUACAUGAACCAGAUAAAGAAUGAAGGGAGUCGUGUGGCUAAAGUCGAGGAGGACUUGCUAAGAAGAAGAAGGGAAGAAUUAAGACAUGCUCAAGAUAUUAGAGAACAUUAUGAGCGUAAACUUGAACGUGCAAACAACCUCUACAUGGAACUAAUGGCAUGUAUGCUUCAGUUUGAACAGCGAGAGAGAGAUUUGAUCAAGAGAGAACAAAGUGUACUUGAGACAAUGGGUUGUAAACCACCAAAGAAGAGAAUUGUGAGGCCACUAUUGAAAGCACAUGAAAGAUUAAACAAAAAACGUACUUAUAAAUCACAGUCAGAGCUUACCAGCCCUGAAAGCCCCCAAAAAAUUGGAGCCAUAGCUGCAGAUCCACCAACACCCAUCUCUCAAGGUUCUGCCAAAAUGCGAUUGCGUCGAAUGAGACAUAGACGCACAGGAAGUUGUGGCAGCUCUGGAACUUACAACCAUCUAGGAGUUUCAGAAAGUAAUCAUUCAUCACCAAGACCUAGUCCUCGAAGGCACUUGCGUAGCUUUGUAGACAGUGCAACUCAGACUGAAGCUUUUGAUAUGUUAGAUAAUUCUACAUCUACUGUAACUUGUGACUCUUGCUGGCAGGAGGAUCCAUUAUUAGGAAGGUUUGCAGGUACAUUAACACCUAGUAACCAUGUAGCAAAAAGAAAUGAAUAUAGUUUGUCAUGUCCAACUUGUCAGGUGACAUAUGAGGGUUCAAAAUGUCCUUUUUGUUUGAAUAUAUGUGUAAACAGUAACUAUAUUUUGGGUCAUCAACAGGACAAUAUUCAGAUAGCGGAAAAACAGAUUUCUGAUCAAUGUAGGACAUCAAUACUUUCUGAUGAUACUAACAUGAACAAGAAAACUGAAGUGUCAGUACCAGAUCACAACAAAGAAUAUGUUGGUGGUAUAUCAGAUGUUGAUAGUUCUGGAAAACUUUGUCCAACAUUGUAUAAUAAUUGUAGCCAAAAAUCCAGAAAAUUAAGAAAAAGGACAGAUACAGAGAGUGGUCAAUCACCCACUGAUGUUUCUCCUGUUGGUAUCAGCAGUCAGCAAGCAUGUGGAAGCCAAACACCUGGUAGUUCUCAGCAGACCAUAGAGGAGUCUAGUUCUGAGGAGGAAGGGGAAGUAGAUGAUAGUGAUGAGAAUCUUAGACCUCAUAGGAAACUUUACCAGGGGGAGAGUGGGCAGUCCAUCUCCACCCACAGCUCUGAGGGGAAUUUAUCAGAAGAAGAAAACACUAGUGAAUACUCCAGUAGUCACAAUACACCCAAUGAAUUUCUUUCUAGUCAUUCUAACCCAGACAUUCCACAUCAGGUGGAGGCAGCAGAUGAAGCUCAGCCAUCGGGUAUUCAUAAUUUUGCACAAGAAGAAAGUUCAUCCAAUUCUUCUUCUGAAAAUGAUCACGAGAUCCUACCAGAUAUAUUCGAUUCUGUGGUCCUCUCUCAGAGGUCCUCCUCAACAUCUGAAAGUGACAGUGUUUCUGAUAUCACUAUAGCUACUAUGUAUCCUGUAACACAAGGCAAAUCAGACAUGUGGUAACACCACCUGUAUCCAGCCUUUGAAUUCAAGAACAAUUGCUACUCAUGUUCAUAGUUUCCAUGUUAAGAUAAAGAAAUAUUGAAUCUUAAUUAUUUAGUCUCGUACAUCAAUGGACAACAUAUAACCAGGAACUCUUUCAUAUUAAUAGUUUAUAAAGAUAACAUUGUUAAAAUGUUGUAAAGUUGACCAUCCAAAGUUGAGGACUUUCCAUUACAGAAGUAACUUUCCAUUCAUUAUCAUUAAACAGUUUAUGUUAUUUAUUGUAUGUUUUUUGAACACAAAAACACCUUUGUUGUUUGUUAUGCACAAGAUUGAACAAUAAUGUGUAGUUACUUCUAUAUCAUUUGAUAUCUCUGUAAUUGUAUCUGAACUUAGAAUAUAAUUGAAUAAUUCCUUUCACAAGAAUGUGUAGAAUCAAUAUAUUUUGCUCUAGAAAAUCCAGCAUAUUAAAUAUAGAAAUUCAACUCUGUUAAUGCUCACUGCCUUUCCUUUUGUUACACAAGAAGUAGCCUUGUGUAGUUUGUAUAUGUACAUGUAUGUAAAGCAAAUAACCAUAUAUAUAAAUGUAGAUAUACUAAAGAAUUCAAGUGUUUGUAUUAUUUUGUAUUCUUAGGCUGAGAUUAUACCUUUAUUGAUGGAACUAUAUAACAUUUUUCCACAAAGAUGCUCUGCUUUUACUUACCAAAGCAGGAUUAUUAUUGUAAGUGUAGUAUCUGCUGUUCAGGAUUAAAUGUCCAUCUUAAAAGUAACAGGUAGGGUGGAUAGGAGAUGAUGUAAUGCCACUCUCACUUAACAUCUUCUUUUUGAAGGUUUGUAUUAACCAUACUGCAGUUAUAGUGAUAUAGUCAUUAGACAAGUUGAUAAAUUCUCCAUUUACAUACAAUUGUCUUUGGUUUUUAGUCUAAUUCUUGUGUUAACUUUAAAAUAAGAACUUGAGCCAAUUUUUAUUUAAAGCAGAUCUUGCAUUUUUAACAAUGUAAAUAAUCCACUGGUUAUGAAGGUUGGAUUAACAAUCAAGAUAAUAGUAUAGUUAAAUUGAACAGAGCAUUAAAUGUUUAGAAGAAUCAUUGAAUUAAAACACUAAUAACUCUUUACCCUGCUACACCACUCAGUAGAACAGAGACAGAGAAUUUACAAAAAUAACAUUUUUACCUUGAUACAGUAGUCAGAGGAACAAAGUCAUAGAGCUCAAUCACUAGAGCAGAGACGUAGAGUUCAAAACAGAAUAACUUUUACACCGUUACACUAGUCAGCAGAGGAAAGACAUAGAGUUUAAAAUGAAAUAACUUUUUACCCUGCUACAAUAGUUGGAAGAGCAGAGGCAGAGAGUUUCAAACAGAAUGACUUUUAACCCUGCUACAAUAGUUGGAAGAGCAGAGGCAGAGAGUUUCAAACAGAAUGACUUUUAACCCUGCUACAGUAGUUUGAAGAGCAGAGGCAGAGAGUUUCAAACAGAAUUACUUUUUACCCUGCUACAGUAGUUUGAAGAGCAGAGGCAGAGAGUUUCAAACAGAAUUACUUUUUACCCUGCUACAAUAGUUGGAAGAGCAGAGGCAGAGAGUUUCAAACAGAAUUACUUUUAACCCUGCUACAGUAGUUUAAAGAGCAGAGGCAGAGAGUUUCAAACAGAAUUACUUUUUACCCUGCUACAAUAGUUGGAAGAGCAGAGGCAGAGGGUUUCAAACAGAAUUACUUUUAACCCUGCUACAGUAGUUUGAAGAGCAAAAAUAGAAUAAAUGUUUCACCUUGAUAUAGGAAUUGGAAGAGCAGAGCCAUAAAGUUCAAAAGAGAAUGCCUUUUCACCCUUCUAUAAUGGUUGGUAAAGCAGAAACAUGAUAUUCAAAACAGAAUUACAUUUUAACUUCUUAGAAUUUGCUCGUGACUGGUAGUUAUUUCCUUCCUUAGGGCCAUUGAGUUUGGUAAACUCUUUUACUGCCCAUUUAUAGGUAAACAACUCUCCCAGUGUAACGUUUAUAUUUAGAUAUACAAUAGAAAACGAAAACACAUUUUAGUAUUUCAUUAUUUAUCUGAAACUGGUAAACUUUGUGACGUUUUAAUAGGAAUAUCUUUUUUCAUGGUUGUACAAAGAUCCAAACUACCAUGGCAAUGUUCUAGAGGAGAACAUAUAUUAUCCCAUGGUAGUGAAAGAGUUAAGUGGUUAGGAAAAUUGUGAGGAUUAUCUGAAUUGAGUUGGUGGUUAGAGAAUCUCGGAUGAUCAUUUGAGUAGGGUUAAUUAGGUAUAAAACUUGUGAGGGCCAUCUGAGCUGGGUUAAUUAGGAUGGAACCGUUAAUGGCCAUCUGAUAUAUAUAUACUAGUUUGACAGAAAACUUUUGAGGACCAUCUGAGCUGGGUUUAUUAGGGAUUUAUUCUGUGACUGACUUGCUACAUAAUGUAUGAAUAAGCUUUGGCAUAAGAGUGAGAUACUUGAAUUGUUCAGAUAGUAAGAACAUUGUUCUUUCUGUAAAGUAUUUGUUGAGUAGGUUAAGAACCUAAAUUCAAGUCUCAUGGUAAAAGAUGUUAUUUUACCUUGGUGAUUUGUUAUAACUUCUGUGAUAGUGGAACAGCAAAACUUUAUGGUAAUAAUGUUCAAGUAGAUACUGUGAUUUCUCAUAACUGAACUCCAAUUUUUACUGUUGACUUUAAGUGCAAAAAAAGAUUUUAAAGCUGCUUUUACCGAUAAUUGUAUGCUUGUAAAUACCUAUAUAUAUAUAUAUACAUUCAAACAUACCCAUACAAUGUAUCUGCAACAUCUUUCUGUUUGAGAAGGAGUUUAAUGUGUAAAAAAUAGCAUUUUUCAUAGAUGUUUUGAAUCUAAUUACUUACUAGGGUAGAUAAAUCUAAAUCUGUUUCAUGCCUUGUACUACUAGUGAUCAUUUAGUUGAAAUAUGUUCAUUUUGUUAGAUAUUUAAAGUGAAUGCCAGUAAACUAUUGUUACUCUUAUACACUACCAAUAAGGGAUUUUUGUGUAAGUAUCAAAUCCUGUUGUGAAGGGGGACUGAAAGAAGAAUUGCUCUAUUUUUUCUUAACUCAGCUUCAGGUUAUCGUUUGUAGUUUGUUUUCCCAUGUUUUGAAUUUGAUUUACAAUUUAAAGAAAGUCAGUCAUGUUAACAACCUCAUAUGAAUUUCAGAUAAAGUUUAUUAAAAAAAAGGAUACAUGCAGUUGAAACUAGUAUGUAAAACAAAGUGUAGAUUGAAAGAAAAUAUGUUGUGAAAAAUAGACAAUAAAAGCAUUUUUUGCAGUUAAA